AUGACUGUUCAAGAAAAGAGAUCAGUUGAAGUAGAUGAGUCCAUAGCAGAUUCGAAAAGACAAAAUACGGAGCCUUACGUUAAGGGUAUUGCUGCCAUAAAACCAGAAUUUAUAGUAGCCAAACCAUCACAAACCACAAACAUAGUAGAGUAUGACGAUGAUGAAGCCGAGGGAGGAGACAGGACAUCAGAAGAUGCAAGGGAUGGGCAACAACAUAAGAAGGGAAAGAAGAAAAGAGGCCAAAACCAUGGUCGUGAUCUAAAGCAAAAGAAAGACACGAUAAAGCUAUGUCCGUCCAUUGUAGACCCUGAUGAUACUAAAUCGUGCUUUUUGGGUGAAGACAAGUGCAAAUAUUCUCAUGAUUUGCAGGGGUACCUUGCAUCAAAGCCGGAUGAUGUUGGUGGAAUAUGUCCUGUUUUUGAAGCUUUGGGUUAUUGUCCCGCGGGUAUGAAGUGUAGAUGGUUGAAGUCUCAUUAUGAUAGGGAAACGAAUAAAUUGAUCAAAGAUUUGGAAAAGAUUGAUCUUGCAAGCAAGACAAACUACGAAGUAAAUAUCAUCGAUAAGGAAGCUAAAUUUGCCUUGCAAAAGAAAAAGUAUGAAUUUAAAAUAGUCAAUCCCGUGAUUAACUUUUUGGAUUCUAAAAUUCAAAAUGAAACAAGAGAGGAGCGUAAGGAGAACGAAGCUACCUAUGUUGAACAACCAUUCAAGAUCGCCGAAAAGAAGAAGAUAAACUUGAAUCGUGCUAAAAUUGUAUCACCAUUAACUACAGUUGGUAAUUUGCCUUACCGCCGUCUCAUGAAAACAUUAGGUGCUGAUGUAACUUACUCGGAAAUGGCCUUGUCUAUCCCAUUAGUACAAGGGCACAAUCCUGAGUGGGCUUUGCCUAAAGCUCAUGUGAGUGAAUACCCGGGUUUCGGUGUUCAAAUAGCCAGUUCAAAAUUAUGGUCUGCAGCAAAAGCGAGUGAAGCUAUUUAUGAAAAUACCAACCAUGUUAGUGAAUUGAAUUUGAACUGUGGUUGUCCAAUUGACUUGUUGUACAGGCAAGGUCAAGGGUCUGCAUUGUUGGAUCAGCCACCUAGACUACUUAGGCUCGUCAAGGCAAUGAAUGCAUCGUCAGGGGACAUUCCAGUGACCAUCAAAAUCAGAACUGGUGUGAAGGAGAACAAAAACACUGCAAAGCAGCUAGUCGACAGAGUUUUGACUGAAACGCAGGUUGCUGCCAUAACUCUUCAUGGUAGAUCGAGACAACAAAGGUACUCAAAGGAAGCCGACUGGGAAUACAUACUGGAAGUUGGUAAGGUUGUUAAAGACUGGAAUGCAAAAAGAGAAGAGGAUAAAGAUUCAUUUGAUUUGGCACCCACCUGGUUUGUGGGUAACGGUGAUGUCUACUCACAUGAAGAUUGGUACAAUCAUGUCAAUACCGACGGUGUUGAUUCAGUUAUGGUUGCAAGAGGUGCAUUGAUCAAACCUUGGAUUUUUGAGGAAGUUGAAGCACAACAGUACUUAGAUAAAUCAUCUUCUGAAAGAUUGGACAUGAUGGGUAAAUUUGCGAAAUUCGCCAUAGAGCACUGGGGUUCCGAUGAAUAUGGUGUCAAUAUAGCAAGAAGGUUUAUGUGCGAGUUUUUAAGUUUCACGCAUAGAUAUAUCCCUGUGGGGAUCAUGGAAAGAUUACCACCAAAAUUGAAUGAAAGGCCACCAACAUGGGUUGGUAGAAAUGAAAUGGAAACCUUUUUGGCAUCCACGGAUUAUAGAGAUUGGAUUAAACUUACAGAGAUGUUUUUGGGUAAAGCUAGCGAUGAUUUUCAAUUUGUACCUAAACACAAAAGUAACGCAUAUGAAACCAAGGACUAA